CGUCUGUAGAGUAGCCUGGAACCUAAACGGCCGGACUUUUUCUCAUUCGGGAGGCUUUGCGGAAGAAAAACAGUCUUUGCAAAACCAGUCUCGGGUAUUCCGUGGUUUCAUCCGUUUCGUUUGUCGCAUCGACGUUAUUUCGACGACACUGUACAUAUUUGUAAGGGUCUAAUUUAAGAAGGAAAGGACAGAGCGAGCAGGAAGAGGCUGGGACACAGGCAAAAGGAGAAAAAAAAGAAGGGGCGGGAUGCAAGAGAGAAACGGACUGGAAGAAACUGAAAGGCUGGGACUCGUAAGAAAUCAAAAGGAUUAAAGACUCUUAAAGCUAGAUAAAAUGAAGCCCAUCAAAAAACAAGGGAGACGGUCACCACCCUCCACUCGUGCCAAAGGCGUUAAGAGAAGGACAGCAGAUUGUAGCCCACAAGAAGAUAAGAGAGAAACAGAAGAAAAACCCCAAACUUCACCUACCUCUCCCAAGAGACAUAUCUCCUCAAAUUCUGACUCAUCACAGGAAGGGCCAGUGAGAAGCGGAUCUCCAGAAAAGGAGGGUAUCCAAAGUGACAUAGCAGGGGUAUGUGGGAAGGCGGAUGAACGGCCUGGGAGCUCCAAGUCAGCCGGAACACAGAGCGAUAGCAACAGUAGCACGGCCAGUGCCAGCAGUAGCCCCAAUCCUUCUAGUCGCAAGACGGCCACUUUUAAGGCCCGUGUGCCCAAGAAGAAGUACACUUCUGAGCACUUUGCUGGAAACCAUGGUAACGCCAGCACUCCCAACACACCCCCACAGAGCAGCCACAGCAGCUCUCACAACGGUGCUGAUGCUAGCCAGGGCCCAGCUGACUAUGCUACACACACAGACACACACAGCCAAAGCCAGCUGGCUGAAGACAGCAUCGCUGGGUACUCGCACAACAGUUUAACUGUGCCUACAGUAAGAGCUGCAUCUGAGGGAGGAGAGAGGGAUGGUAUAAGCGCAUCCAGCCCACAGCGUUGUUCCUCCACAGAUACAGCCAGUGAGCACUCGGCUGACCUAGAAGGGACAGCUUCAGGACUUGAUUCUCACCAUAAAUCCCAAAAGCCACAAACACAUAGCACUUCAGCACCAUCACAGGAGAGCCUGUCAUCUUGUUUAGAUGGAGUCCUUGCCAAGGGUCUCAAGAAUCAGAGAGUUUUGGCACGACAGGGCUCUAGAUUAGGGGAUGGAUGGCCUCCCGAUCGGGGCCGAGAUAUGUCAGGAGUGUUUCGUGCUGGCGUUGUACGUAGAGUCGGCGAGGAGCAUGGGAUUGUGGAGGUGCAGCUAAAUGGAGAGAAGACCAUGUGCAAGUACCCUUUUCGAGUGGCUACAGAUUUUGUCGACCUAAUUUUAGAUGCACCCCCUCCUGGAAUAGCCCCAGUGGCUAUAGGCACACGAGUUUGCAUUCCCUUUGGGGGAGGCAAUGAGGGGAGUGAGGGAGUGCAGCAAUGGUACAGAGAAGGCAUAAUCACUCAAGUUGAUCAGCAUCCUGCUGUGUCUUUCCCGUACCGUGUUCAGCUACGAGAGGAUCUAUCUGAUGAGCGAAAGGAGAGGAGAGGUGGAGAGGAAGAUGGUAGGGGGAUCAAUGCUCAGGCUGUUUGGGUCUCACGACAGAAUCUACGCCUUUUGGUUCCUCCUUGGGAUUUAGAGCCCCCCCAGCCAGCUGAUCCAGGGAUUGGUGGUAGGAGGGGGAGAGAAAGAGAAUGGGAGGAAAGAGAGGAGAUGGAAGUUGAGCAGGAGGUGGUUCGGCUGACCAGGCCAUCAUAUGGAGUAGAGAAUUUGCUGCAUCCUGUUUCUGUACCUUUUACAUCACCCCUUUCUUCAUCCUCUACUGUUAGCACUGCCAUCACCCCUGUACUCAGUGUAGCUCCAAAUAGAGACUGGGAACAUAGCAGAGAGAAGGAUCACGAGAGAGAUAGAGACUUGCAAAGGCACUUCGAAAGAGAAAGAGAGAGAGAAAUGGAGAGGCACAAACAUCAUCCUCUUCAUCCAUCCACUCCAGAGGAGGACAUGGAGGUCAGCCGUCUUAGCCAGCACAUUGAUGGUGGCCUCACUGCAGCCAUUGGAAACAAAGCUCUAGGGGUUCCUUCUCAGCAUAGACCCAUUCUUUCUAAACCAAACUACCUCAGUUCUCACCCCCACCCCCACCUUUCUAUGGUGAGAGGCCUCAGCACCCCAAUUGCCCCCCACCUGCAACUUGCUCCUCAUCCAAAUCAUCCCCCAGUAGUCUUGGGCCUGGACUCAGCUACAGGGGCAGCAGUUAUUUCCUCCACACCCCAAAUGCCUCCCCUGCCUCCCAUUUCUUCAAGAGCCUCCCUGGACAAGACUCCUGGCUCCAAUUCACACAGUGCUUCUGGAGGGGGUGGAUCUAGCUCCUCUUCCUCUUCAUCACGUUCCCGCACACCUCUCACGGCCGCUCAGCAGAGGUACAAGAAAGGUGAUGUGGUGUGCACCCCUACAGGCAUCCGCAAAAAGUUCAAUGGCAAGCAGUGGCGUAGACUAUGCUCCCGUGAGGGCUGCUCAAAAGAGUCGCAGAGGCGUGGCUACUGUUCCCGCCAUCUCUCUAUGCGCACCAAGGAGAUGGAAGCUGGAGGUGGAGUAGGCCGAGACAGAAGUGGUGCCAGUAGCACAGGCACUCUGACACCUGACAUGCGUUUAGGUGGACGUACCAGCAGUGAGUAUGACUGGGAUGACAACUCACGAGACAGCAGUGAAGCCAGCAGCCGUGGAGGGGACUCUCGGCCACGUCUGGUUAUGACCUCUCUCAUUCCACAAGAACUGUCACGAGAUUUGUCCCGUUUUGACUUUGAUGAGUGUGAGGCUGCAAAUAUGCUGGUGUCACUUGGUAGCUCACGCUCAUGCACACCUUCCUUCUCACCUGUAUCUAAUCAGUCACCAUUUUCCCCUGCACCGUCCCCUUCCCCCUCUCCACUAUUUGGCUUUCGUCCAGCUAAUUUCAGCCCUAUCACAGCACCUUCACCUCUGACCCCUCGCCGCCCUCGUCACCUCAGUGGCCCGAAGAUCCCGGGCACCCCCAACACUGAACGAGAGCGCCACCUCUCCGGCAUUGUGCCCACCUUCCAGACCAAUUUGACAUUCACCGUCCCUAUGAGCCCCAGUAAACGCAAACUGGAUGCCCCACCACCUCCAAUACCCAGUGCAUCAGACUAUGUUAAAUCUGAUCCCCAGAUGAAUGACCCUACACUUGGUUUGAAUGCAGCAGGAUUCAGGGUUAUGUCUCCCCAAAGCCAGCCUACAACCCCUUCUUCUCUUUCAUUUUCUCGACAGAGGAGCACCACAAGUCGGCCGUCAUCCUCUGCUGCCUCUACCCCUCCCCCCAUGUUGGUUUCCCCCACACCACCCUCACCCCUGCCACAGGAUCCUAGCUCACGACGCAUUGUUCCUCUGCGCGAUUCACCCGUUAUUGUUCGUAAUCCAGAUGUACCACUCGCAAAGUUCAGCGAUGGUCCCCUGGGUCGUAGAGGAAACUCGCGCUCAAGAGAGCACAGCCAUCAUCCUCACUUAGCUGUGGGACUCCAGGCCCCUGUGCCUAUUAAUGGCGCCACCACCAACGGAGCGGUUCUUCUUCGGAAUCCUGCGCCCACCUUAGUCUUGGUGACCUCCUCCCAGUCACUGACACCUGUGGCUCCCGGACAUCCCACCCAUUCAAACUCCACCACUUUAAAUGUGUCUACCUCUAAUACUGGCCCUGUCCUUGCAAUAUCUGGUUCAGGAGGAAAAGAGCAAGAAAGAAAGCCAGGUGGCCAUGCAGAUGCAGGUGGUGGUUCUUUACCACAGCCUGUGGCUUGCCAUCCUUCACCAACCGCCCUGUUACCCCUCAUCCUACCAGCUGAGUCCCCUCAUCCUGCUCCUCGCAAGGACAUCAUUAUGGGACGACCUGGCACUGUCUGGACCAAUGUUGAACCCCGCUCUGUACCGGUUUUCCCAUGGCAUUCAUUGGUUCCUUUUCUGGAGACAAGCCAAUCAAAAAUAUCCAUGCAACCUACAGACGGCCAAACACUUGUAAAUCAGAGCAAAGAACCACGCUGUGGAGUUGCGCUUGUGUCUGAGGGACGUGUUGACCAACCAACACCAGAGAGAGGUUCACCGACCUGCCCUCCUCCUUCUGCUGAUGAUCCACCCGUGGAGAGAGAUGGAGGCGACAGUGAGACAGAGAGUGAUGCUGAUGAUCUUUUUUUUCAAGGUGGAGCCCAAGAUUCUUCUCCAUCCACCGGUGCGAAGCGACGCUCACAGUCUCUCAGUGCACUGCCCAAAGACGGUGACAAGAAGAGGGAAAAGGACCACAUCAGACGCCCGAUGAAUGCCUUUAUGAUCUUUAGUAAGCGGCAUCGUGCGCUCGUGCACCAGCGACACCCAAACCAGGACAACCGCACGGUCAGUAAAAUACUGGGCGAGUGGUGGUACGCGCUGGGACCCAAAGAGAAGCAGAAGUAUCAUGACCUUGCCUUCCAGGUGAAGGAGGCACACUUCCGGGCUCACCCUGAUUGGAAAUGGUGUAACAAAGAUAGGAGGAAGUCUCUGUCUGAGGGCCGGGGAACUCCAGGGGCCAAAGAAGCUCGCGAGCGCAGCAUGUCUGAAAGCACAGAGGGCCAUCCUGCAUCUCAGGGGCCAGAAAUCAAAGGAGCAGGGCCCAGCUGGAAUUCACCCCGAUCUGACGGUCACGGAGGGCAGCAUCAGCGACCUCGUGCAUUUUCCCAGAGCGCUGUACAUAAUCUGGAGAGUAGGGUGGACGAGAGAGAGCUAGAAAACGACGGUCUGUUUCCACCCCGUCGCCCUGCUGACCAUCUGUUUCGGAGACGGGUGAGUGAAGAUGUGACCAGUGAUGAAGAGCGUAUGGUGAUCUGUGAGGAAGAGGGGGAUGAUGAUGCCAUAGACGACGCAUUUGCUGAGGGCUCUAUAGACUUGAAGUGUAAAGAGAGAGUGACAGACAGCGACGAUGACAACGACCAUGCAGAUGAAGCCGACUGCAAGCGCCCCUUCCAUCCUGUCCAUUCCUCGUUGGCGUUUUCUCCUGGAAAAGAUGGUCUGGAAAACAUGGAGAAGAAGAAAAGGAGGGGAAUGGAGGGAGCAGAGCAAGAGAAUGGAGGGCCCAGGGAAGGGAAAGGAAGAGAAGGUGGACUCAUGGGAGGAGGUGGAGGGGGACAGGUUCCUCCUCACCCUAAUUCAACCCCAGUGGCUAGCAUGAGUGCUACAUUGCCUCGCGGUGCAGAGAUGUACCAUGCACAAGGCCCUGUCAGGAUGGCCCCUACCAUAGUGACCAAUGUUGUUCGGCCCAUCACGAGCACCCCUAUCCCCAUCGCCAGCAAACCAGCCGACGGAAGUGUCCUGCCAUUUGACGGAAAGUCCAAGCUAUUGAUUGGUGCUGGUGGAGCGGCAGGGGCUGGGUACAUAUCCUCUUCUUCUCCCAAACCUAACAGCCAAGGAAGUUUAGUUACCGGGCUAGUCCUGGGAGGCCCCUUUUCUAACCAGCCCACAGUUCAGCUUAUUACCCCGUCCCAUCCUACUCCAUGCAAUGGAACAGCCGGCAACAGUGCCGUACCCCUUCCCAUAAUUCAUCCUCAAUUCCUUCCCGCUGCCUCUAUCACAACGUCUAGUGGUGGAAAACCCGUGACGCAGGUGCAGUACAUCCUUCCAACGCUGCCCGCAACAACCAAUCCUAACAGUCCUUCCUCUCAGCAGCCAUCAGGUGUCCUUGCUUUGACCAAUGCUCCGCCCACUCACGUGACACUAGCCAAUGGGGUACACUCAGGGGCAGGCCAUGGAAUUAGAUAUGCGUCUGUCCCAGCAGUGGGAGGAGUCAGCCCAGUAGGUGGAGUUCAAGCACAGUCUCCAGUCUUGCAGAGCAAGAUGCUGGUUCCCAUGGCAACUGUCGGAACCGGAUCCACACCUCCGCAGCCUAUUUCCCUGGUGGGCCCACCCCUUCCUGUUCAAAAUGGGGCUCAACCAGGAAGCAAGAUCAUUCAAAUUGCACCAAUGCCUGUGGUCCAAGCAAAUGUGCAUCCUGGAGGAUCAGUGCAUACUGGUAGCUCCUUCCCAGUCUCUAUGGCAACUGCAGCUGUCAUGGCUUCUGGCCCCACCCCUCCGCAGACAGUACUUUUGACGCCACCACCUACAAGGAUCACAUAUGUACAGUCAACUCCUGGAGUAGCCACACCUCUACCAUUGGGAUCUACACCCGCAGUCUCCUCCGCCCAACAGGCUCCAUCACCUGCGGGUCCAUCAUUUUUGCAAUCUCCAAUGGCGACACUUGGCUUUACUGCAAUUGCCCCAGCUGGCCAGACUUUGGUGCAACCUAUUGUUGCAAGUCAGCCACCCUUCCUGGCUCCAUGUCCGACCCCAAGCGGUCCGUCACAACCUGCACAAUCCUCAACAGCCACCCGUCAGCUCGUAACUGCCAUUUACCCAACUGGUAGCCACACCGGAGGGGUUGUGUCAGUAACAGCCGUGCCUCACAGCUCAGCAAGUUCUGCAUCGACACCAGUGACAUCUUCAUCACCUCAAAUCAAAACCUCAAACGCGACUGCGCAGCAGGCAGACGCGCAGAUACAGUCUCAGGAAAACAUGCAGAUGGAGGGUGAGAGAGGACCAGAGUCUAGAAAAGAUACAGAGACAGAGAGAGAACAAAUAAUGUCAAAGGAUGGGCAUCAGAUACCAUCUAGUGGUGUGGAGGAAGCGGUGCAACCCACUGGUACCUCACACACAUAUACAGGUCAACAGUGUGAAGGGAAGGAUGAUGGAAACAAAUGGAGCAAAACAGAGAGAGAGUACGAGAGAAAUACUGAAGGGGUCUCGUCUCAAACGGAGAGAGCUGAGAGGAUGAGCGCAUUGGAAGAAGAGACAGAGACUCAAGCGGAGACCAACAGCAAAGACGCAGGACGGAGGGACGCCUGUGCUCUGGACCCUCCACCGCCUCCUGUGCAGACUGACACCCCUUCCACUAAAAAGACCAAAUUUCGCCCACCUCCACUUAAAAGCACCACUGAUGCCGCUGACAAGGUGUUAUUUGGCUCCUCCUUUGAAGAGCGUCUUGCGGAGUUGCCGGAGUUCAAGCCAGAAGAUAUACUGCCCUCUCCCAAUCUACAGAGUCUAGCAACUUCACCUAGAGCCAUACUGGGCAGUUACCGCAAGAAGAGGAGAAACUCCACAGAUCUAGAUUCUGCUGAUGACCCAAGUUCACCGAGGAGGAAGAGUCGCCGUCUUUCCAGCUGCAGCUCGGAGCCCAACACACCUAAAAGCGCUGCCAAGUGUGAAGGAGAAAUCUUCACCUUUGACAGGGCCGUUGGAGAGACUGAGCAUAUUUUGGAGGUGCCACCCUCGUCUUUGCGUCGCAUGCUGGACCAGCGGCGGGUUCUUGUAAUGCAGCUGUUUCAGGAACACGGCUUCUUUCCCUCAGCGCAAGCCACAGCUGCCUUUCAAUCUCGCUACUCCGACACUUUUCCCAACAAGCUGUGCCUGCAGCUGAAGAUCCGCGAGGUGAGGCAGAAGAUUAUGCAGACGGCCGGCAGUUCAGACGUCUUGGGGCCAGGAGUCUCAGACCCCGCCUCUACUCCAGGAUCAUCCAAUCCAGCACCCAGGGAGAAUUCUGAGCCAGAAGAAAGAGGGAGGAAUUCGGAGGAGCCAAAGAAAGACGCGGGCGAUCCGCAGGACGCGAAAUGAAGAACGACGGAAAGGAUAACCGGAAAGACGAAUGUAGGGAUGGAACGUAGAAACCCAUAAAACCAUUUUCGCCGACGAUAUACGGCUCUUGUGGAUGUGGAUUUUGCUUCAUUUCUAUUAGGACCGGUUUUGUUGCCGUUCGUUGAUGUUUUGUUCUUAUAUGCACAGUUACACAUAUGCUUACGGCCACACACUUUAUGCAAUUACAUAGAAGCGUCACUUUCACAACUUGCACAAGAAACGCACUCGUUUCGCAUAUGCCACUCACGUUAGGCAGUCAUUGGUCCGCCUCUGCACAUGGGGGCGUGGCUUCACUUUCUGUCUGAAUUUUAGAGCCCUUCAAUGCUGCACGACAGGCAGCCUGUCGGCACAUGCUCAGUAAGCCCCGCCUCGGCGAACUCGCCACACGGGGCUAGCACAGAUUUUUAUUGAGUGUACUGAAUGUUUUAAGAGAAGUUAGACUGUUUGAGGUAAUGGUAACUCUCGAUCCAAAACGGGGAGGGGGGGACAAAUGCGUUUGCACUUUUAUUCGCGAGAGACUGAGACGGAAAGCAAUAGCCGGGGAGGAGCAGGGUCUUCAUCCGAAUAUUACACCCCCGUAGCGGGGUACAUGCAUUGGCUGUUACUGUUCUUCAGCGUGGGCUGUAAAUUUGAAACAGGUUUUCCCAGAAGCGACAAACUCGUGAGUCACCUAGACCAGCGGAGCAGAAACAGAGGCUACGGCGAUGGCAAAAAUCGCAUAACGACAACGCAGCACCCUCAGAAGAAACAAACGAAAUGAAUAGAGACACUACCCCUCUUUGAAUCAACAUGUAGUUCUUAAGCUUUGUCGUUUUGUUGUUGUGUCGUAAUGGUGGAUUUGACUGAUCUAUUUUUUUUGUAUUAGCUUGCGCCUCUCCUCUUACUCUAGUAAUAUUUUCAGCAUGGACUAAUCCAGCUAUCUAAGUGUUGGAGCGAUUACGUAAAAAAAAAGACUCUGUUUUAGCCUCUUAGCUGAAGCUCCUCUUCUCUGGCCGCCAAUUUAGGGUUUCCUCGUACACUGUAUAUAACCGUGAUGGCUGGGGAAGGGGGGAUAGGGUGGGCACAAGGCUCUCUCUGUUUGUUUCUUCUUUUCUUUCUUUCUUUUUUAUAUUGCAAUCAGGUGUUUGCACAAUAUGUGGUCCUAGACCAUGGUUUAAAUCAGGAAAGUAUUUGUUUUUAGAUAUUUAAAAACUAACCAAUAACUUGGUUCCAUUUUGUUCGAUUCUCCCUUCUGUAUCCCUUAAGGAGUCCCCUUUAUUUUUUCACGUCCUUAAAACUUUUAACUGAAGUGUUUAUGGAAAGCGUCACUUUAAGCGCUGGUCUGGAGUCAGAGUUUGGAUUCAGGAUUACACAAGGGACGGCUGACCCGAGACCAGCGCUGGGGCGGCAUUUCUCAGGAUCUCCUCUUUCUCGCUCUGCCUCUUCUUCUUUCAUUGGUGCAAUAGGACGUGUGGGUGGGCAAUUUUUUGAAGUAGAUAAGUCACCUAUUAGUGCCAUAGAUUUUCACUGUACAAGCUGUUAUAAAAUGAUAUAUAUAUUGAAACGAGAGAGGAAAAAUAUAUUAACUUUUAGAAGUGAGUAUCGAGAGAGAAAUCCAAACUGAACAAACUAAAAAAAAAGAAAAAUUUAACCUAGCACUUUUUGCGUCUAGUUUUGCUGAAAGAGAAGGAGUGUUGAGUAUAAAAAUGCUACUCUGUCUUCACUUGAAUGUGUGACAUUAUAAAUGUAUGAAUAUACCUAUAUAUUUCUAUAUGUCCAUGAUAUACAGAUGUCUGUGUGUGUGCGAGUGAUUACAUGCACCUUGACGAAACCUGUCCCCUAGCAAAAGCUAUUCAUAUUUUCCCCGAAAAGCAACGCAGCAGCACUUCUUCAAAAGACUGUUAGCAUAUGCCUGUUAUCUGGUGGCUACUGGAGAGAUGUUCAAUUGUUGUUCAAUUAAAAGGUAUAUGUAACCAUUUAACUCGAUACUUAUUUUUAAGCACUUGUUUUAUCCUUUCCCAGCGACAGACGAAUGCUUGCACACACACAAACAUACCUGCACAUGUAUGCGUGUACAACUUAUGAUUGUGUAUCCAAUAAACUGUCUUUACUUUGGAGAAAGGAGUUGAAAGAAUGAGAUGGGUGAGUGUAAACUCAUCGACAGGCAUGUUGACCAUGUGCAAUAUUUCUAAACAAGAGAUUAUUGAAAAAAUUAAAGACCUAACACAAUU